AGGAAGAAAGGCGAACUCUGGUGGGAGUGAUCCGGAUUCGGCUGAAGGGAGAUAUUGCGGGGUUCGUUGGCGGGGGGCACGUUUCGGUUUUACUCACAGGACGGAUGGACGUCCACCGGAGGUAGGGAGCUGCGAUCCGGGAUCCGGGGGCAGUUGCUCUCCUGUCGGCUGAAGGGGUCAGACUGGGGUUCGUAGACCUAGUUAGCUCCCUUGAGAUCUGGAGGAAACGGGAGUGUCCUGGGAAGAGGAUUACAUUCUAAUCUACUUAAAGCUCGUACCUGCAAAGUCCUCCUCUUAAGGUGAAAUUGCUAAUGAGUGCACGACAACAAUACAGGAAACAAAAGGAGACUAUCAGACAGAGACAGAGGGUAAUUUUAAGUUACUGGUUAUGAGACAAGCAGGCAGUGCCUUCAGGAAAGAAUCACGCCUUAACCAUCCUUUUUAAAAAUAGGAUGUUUUUUGACUGACACAGAGUAGAAGUAAAACUAUAACCAAUACGUGUGUACUCAACACCCAAGUGGAAAAAUUAUUAUUAUAUAUUUGAAGCCCUUGGUCUGCUCCAUCCAAUUCCAUUCUGUUGUCUCUUGACCAAGGUCCCUCCCCUUUAAAGCACCUUUAUGUUUUAUUUUUUAAUUACAUGUAUAGUGUUGUUUUGCAUAGUUUUCACAGUCAGAAAUGUGUAUAUCCUUUGGCAGGUUUCUUUAACUUAAUGUAAGAUUUGACAGUGUUGUGUAACUCUAGCUUAUUCAUUGUUAACAUCUGAACAGGUGUGUUCCCUUGUAUGAAUAUAUACACUAUCCAUUUUCUUGCUUUGUAUUCCCAGCGCCUGGCACAUUGUAAAUCCUUACAUGUUAGUUGAGUGGAUAAAUGCUGUGGCAUUUGAGCUAAAUCAUAAAGAACAAAUAGAAAGAAAAAAAAAAAAGAACAAAUAGGACUUUAAAUGACUUAAGGCAAGAGAAGUAUUCCAGGCACAGGGAAUACCAGUCAGUAUGAAAGCAGAAGUGUGAAAGUGCCCGAGGUAUUUCAGGAACUCACGGCAGGCCCUGUAGGAUUGUAUGGAGAUACCUGUUUAAAUGACGUUAUCCUGAAGAGAUUGCACUGGUUCAUAGCCAGUAGAGGUUUUUGAAUUAGGAGCAAUCUGAUCAGAGCUGUAUUUUUAGAAGAUAGUACUCAGAGCACUAUGGACAUAUGUCUAAUAGGUAAAAAUUCAUGGCAGGUCAUUAAAGACCACACCUGUCAGGCAUCAUCAUAAUGAUCAUUGCGUUAAGCGUGUAAGGCAAUCAUGCAGACCUGCUUAAAACCUUAGAACAUUCUCCUGGUCCAUUCACAGCACUUUGUAGAGGGUUAUUUCAUACCUUCUGUCAAGCUUGCAACAUUUUCUACUUCAGACUCCCAUUUAGUUGUUACCUUGUAUCCUCUUUCGGUUAACAAAGGACUUCCACAUGCUUUCUUCCUCACAUUUAUCAGGUCUGUAUACUAAUAUACUAUGUCUACUGUUACUGUAGGUGAAUUGUCUGAAGAGAGUGGGUAAGCCCUCUAAGAAUACUUUUUGAAUACAGCAGUAUACACUGUUGCUCUGAAGCACAGCCGAAUGGACUCCUAAAGAGGCUUUCCAGGUGGCACUAGUGGUAAAGAACCCUCCUGCCGAUGCAAGAGAAGUGGGUUUGACCACUGUGUAGGGAAGAUCCUCUGGAGGAGGGUAUGGCACUUCACUGCAGUAUUCAUGUCUGGAGAAUCCCAUGGACGGAGGAGCCUAGCAGGUCAAGGAUGCAUUCCAAGAAAGCUCUAAAGAUAUAUCACCAGCUCCAGCCAUAUAGUUGACCUAGCCAUGGAAAACCUUGUUGGAACCUUACUAGAUUAAAACAUAAUUUGCCAUCCUAAAAAAUAUGCUUCCCAUCAGAAAGUAUCAGGAAUAAAAAUCUGAGAUAUAUACCCACCACUUCAAGGAAGUUCCAGUGUCAGCCAACAGUUUAGCAGAUCAGCUAGUUUCUUUGAUCAUCAAGCAGACGUAGUCAGGCUGCCAACACAACAGAAGAAAAUGUCUCUGUAUCAGUAUUUUUCAUGUUAUGUGUGGGACCCAAGGAAAUCAAUUUUGUGAGUCAUGAUGAACAUUUUUAAAAAAAAUGAAAUAUCAGAGUGCUUUGCAUAAAUCCUUUUGCCAGAAUUGUGCACCUUGCAGGGAAUACUAAGGUCAGUUUCAAUAUGUGAAAAGAUAUUUGUUGGAGGGGAUAUGAUGAAUAUAGUGUCCAUUGAUUGCUUAAGAAACCGUUUUUCAAUAAUUUGUCCACUGAUGUUUGGUUUUCAUAACAAAACGGCCGAUGUGCAGUGUAGUUGUAUAUUAUAACUUGCAACUGGAUAUAAAAUCUGAGAUGUUCAACUGAGAUUCAGUUGUGAAUUAAAUGUUUUGGAAAGAUGUUAUCUAGGCUAUAAAUAUGUAUACACACAUACAUAUUUGAGUUAGUGGCAAUUGUAACAUUCAAAAUUGCUUUUAAAAUGGAUCAUUUCUUUUUUAAAAGAAAGAGGAAUAAUGAAGCAAAAUAUGCAAAAGCAUGUUCAAGUUCUACCUCUGGAUCUGGAAGUGUGACUAGUGACAAUUAUGAGAAAAAUAUUGACUCUAAUCUGCAAAUAUCAACUGCAUUUGAACCACAUUUCAAAAAGAAAAAAGUCAGUGUAAGAUGUUAUAAUGAAGAUUAUUUAAAAUAUGGUUUUAUCAAAUGUGAAAAACCCUUUGAAAGUGACAGACCUCAGUGUGUUAUUUGCAAUAAUAUUCUUGCAAACGAAAGCUUAAAACCUUCAAAAUUAAAAAGGCACUUAGAAACACAGCAUGCUGAACUUAUUGAUAAGCCUCUUGAAUAUUUUCAAAAGAAGAAAAAAGAUGUAAAGUCACCAACACCAUUUCGUAGCUAUUCUGCUGUCAGUGAGAAAGCCUUAUUAUCAUUGUAUUUGGUUGCAUAUCGUGUAGCAAAAGAGAAAAUGGCUUACACAGCUGCGGAAAAAAUUAUUCUUCCAGCAUGCUUGGAUAUGGUGUGUACAAUUUUUGAUGAUAAAUCUGCAGAUAAAUUAAAAACUAUUCCUAACCAUAGCACGAUAGCUCUUCGCAUUUGUACAAUUGCCGAGCAUUUAGAGGCCACGCUUACUACUCGAGUACAGUCAGGAAUAGACUUUGCAGUUCAUUUUGAUGAAAGCACUGAUAUUGGAAGCCGCACAGCACUUUUAGUCUAUGUGAGAUACACGUGGCAAGGUGAUUUCAUGGAGGAUUUUUUGUGGUGUUUAAACUUAACCUGAUGCCUAAGUGAAUUAGAUAUUUUCACAGAAUUGGAAAAGUGCAUUGUUGGUCACUAUAACUUAAACUGGAAAAACUGCAAAGGAAUCACAAGUGACGGAACAGCAAACAUAACUGGGAAAUAGAGCAGAGUAAUUAAAAAGUUGCUCGAGGUGACUAGUGCCACGUGGAAUCACUAUUUUAUACAUCGUGAAGCAUUAGUGUCCAGAGAGAUCCUACAAAAUCUCAUGGAAGUAUUGAAAAAUGCGGUGAAAGUUGUUAAUUUUAUUAAAGGAAGCUCACUAAACAGCCGACUGCUUGAAACCUUCUGUUCAGAGAUUGGAGCUAACUAUACCCACUUACUGUAUCACACCAAAGUCCGCUGGUUGUCUCAAGGGAAAGUACUAAGCAGGGUUUAUGAACUCAGGAAUGAGAUCCACAUUUUUCUUACCGAAAAGAAAUCUCAUUUGGCAACUAUUUUUGAGGAUGAUAUUUGGGUAAUGAAACUGGCAUAUUUAACAGAUAUUUUUGGCAUCCUUAAUGAACUCAGUUUAAAACUACAGGGGAAAAACAAUGAUGUAUUCCAACAGAUGGAACGGAUUCAAGGAUUCCGAAAGACAUUAUUGUUGUGGCAAGCGAGACUGAAAAGCAACCAUCCUAGCUAUUACAUGUUUCCAAGAUUUUUGCAGCACAUCGAAGAGAAUGUUAUUAAUGAGAACAUUUUGGAGGAAAUAAAACUAGAGAUACUGUUGCAUCUCACGUCUCUCUCUCAAACUUUUAACCAUUUCUUCCCAGAAGAGAAAUUCGAAACACUAAGACAAAAUUGUUGGGUAAAAGAUCCAUUUGCUUUUCGAAACCCAGAAUCAAUAACUGAGUUAGACCUGGUGCCUGAAGAAGAGAAUGAAUUAUUGCAGCUCAGUUCUUCAUUCACAAUGAAGAAUGAUUAUGAAGCAUUAAGUUUAUCAGCAUUUUGGAUUAAGAUAAAGGAAGACUUUCCUUUGCUAAGUCGGAAGAGCAUCCUGCUACUGUUAGCAUUCACGACAACUAGUUUGUGUGAACUGGGGUUUUUGGUCUUAACCCAGUUAAAAACAAAGGAAAGGAAUGGAUUCAGUGGUGCAGCAGAAAUGCGGGUAGCACUUUCCUCCUGUGUUCCAGACUGGAACGAGCUCAUGAGCAGGCAGGACACUCCCCACGUUAAAUCGUUUUGACCCGGUAUUUGUUUGCGUUUCAUAUAUUGUGAUCCUUUCCUGUGUUGUAUUUAAAUGUUAAUAUAGCAGUGUAUGUGGUAA